AUGUCGUCUCUCCCACCUGACCCAUACAAGAUCCUCGGUGUAUCCAAAGACGCUCAAUUAUCAGAGAUCCGAUCUGCCCACCGGAAGCUGGUGCUGAAAUGCCAUCCCGACAAAGUCCAAGAUCCAAAGCUGAAGGAAGAGAAGCAGAAGGAAUUUCAGCAAGUCCAGCAGGCUUACGAACUGCUAAGCAACGAGACCGAACGGUCCAGAUACGAUGAUAAAGUCAGACUCGAAGAGCUGAGAAGAGACAGGGGAAUGGCGUCGACCUCAACGUCGUCUCCUCGUACUUCGAAGCGUUCCGAAACCAAAUACCACUUUGACGUUCGCGAAGCUGAACCGCGGUCUACAACAUUUGCUGGCUCACCCAGCUCCCACAAUGUCUAUGGCCAUACGCCUCCAUCCCGCUCCUGGGAUGAAGAUCUACACGCUAGAAAAUUUGAUGAGAAGGCUCGUUACGCGAGGAAGACGGCGAGCUAUGAGUAUGAGAGAGAAAAGCCCUCUAGGAAAGAUGACGAGCGUCGGAGACGAAGGGAUGAUGAAGAAUGGAGCCGCGAGAAGGACAAGGCAAAGGAAAGAGAAAGGGAAGAGCGGUUAAAAGAGCACCGAGAGCGUGAAGCGCUAAGGGAAAAAGAGAGGGAGAAGGAGGCAGCUAAGAAGGAGAAAGAACGGCGCAAAGAUGAUCGAAAGGAGGACAAGAAGCGAUCCGAUAAGGACCGUCGCAAGGAAACUGAAGACAAGCAUCGCCGUCACAAAUCUCCCUACAUAGAAGUAUGCCCAGAAGACCAAGAAGAGGUCAUCUAUACGACGUCAUCUUCUAAGUCGGAGAAGAAGAAGCCCAGUAGUAGUCGGAAGUAUGAAGAGGUACCCAGUGCUCCCCAGCCUCGGGAAACAAGUCGUCCACCGCCGCCAACCACCGAUCGCGAAAGGAAGAAUUCGGAAACUUUGGAGUCUGCGAUUCGGUAUCUGAGCAGAUCCGGUGGAAAGCCACCAACGCUCAACCGGGCGCAGACAUAUCAUCCGGAAUUCUCGGUUCGGCAUAUCGCUCCGAUCGCCGUGCCAACGCCGCCGCCGGCUGCUGCUUCGGCGUUUGCACCCCCGCCUAUGGCCAAUCCUAGGGAUGUACCACUGGAUGAAGACCCUACGAAGAGGCCUUCGACAAAGCCCCGCCGCAUGUCGCAUGACACCCCUCGUUCUUCGAAGGAGAAAUCCCAGAAGAAAGCGGGGUCGUCUCGAGAGGCAAUUAUUGUGGAUGCCUCUCCAACAACUGCCACUGCCCGAGUAAUACCCUCUUUCCAGAAAUCUCCUUCUAUGCCAAUACCCAUACAGAGCGAUUCUCACCGAAUUCCUCUGAGCCGCUCAAAUACUGAUAAUUACUCUCGACCGCCUCCUGCUCCCGGUCUAGAACGUGCAUCGACUUGGAUGCCAGGUUCUAAUUUAGGCCGCGACCGGAGUCGCUCGCGCCAUGCUCGCCUCUAUUCAGACGAGUCCUCGGAAGAUGAUCGAGACCGACGGCAUCGUCGUGGUCGGCGUACACAGUCCCCGGAGGCCAUGCCGACGCAGUCCACCAAGCGAUAUACGGUAGACUCAAGCAGGAGGGUUAUCCCAGUACAAGAAUAUUUCCCAGAAGAGUCACCCAGGAGCUCGAAGAAGACGUCUUAUCCUAUGCCUAAUAGCUCUGCGCGCCGUACGGAACCUCGACCAGGCUAUUAUGCGCAUGGAAGCUAUGAGGAUGAGGUGCAGUCGCCAUUUCCGAAUGUCAAGUAUGCGACCACGUUCGAAGCCGAAGACAUUAAGUAUGCCGAUGUUCCUCACUCGACAUUCCGGGAAGAGGUGUUCACAUAA